AUGGCGUUUCCGCGUCCCCAAAUUAUGCGCCUUGUGGAAUUCAGGAACGAUUCUCAAUUUCAAGGAAUCCUAUUAAGAGCAACAAGUGAGUUAAUUCAAAGUCUACAAAUUGGUACUACAGGAGCGGAAAAUAUUGAGAUGAAUAGAGAGAUAUGGUGUAGGCUCCCACACGAUUUGUUAAUCCAAAUUGUAGCUCAUCUACCCACUUUAACAAGAUGGAGAUUUAAGAAUGUUUGUAAACAAUGGCAACAACUCUUUUUACAAGAGAACCUCUUCUCCCAAUCAGUUUCAUCACUUGUCCCCGCUCGCUCCUUUCCUGCUUUCAUAUUUGGCCACUCUGUUAUGUUGGAAAAAUUUGAACAUUGCUUACUACUUGAACCGCGGUCCAGAUGCCCUGUCCGGAGAUUGAUAUUAGAAUUUUUUGAAUUCAGGAAAGUCAGAAUAUUGACUGCGUGUAAGAGUCUGAUUUGUCUCUGCAGCAACGGAUACCCAAUUUCAUUUUAUAUUUGCAACCCUGUGAUCAAGACAUGGAUAGAACUUCCACGUAUUCAAGGAUUUGACAGAUGCGAUUUCGUUGGAAUGUCAUUUCAUAUCCCCACAAGAGUCUGCACCUUGCUCGUUGGAGAGAUGGAAUUUGGAAAUUCGACACAGAUCUACGACACAGCGAGUAAUGGAUGGGUUACAUUGGAUUUGCCAGUGGAUUUGCCAGUUUUUCCGCGUGGGGAAGGGGUGUAUUCUAGAGGAAAGUUUUACUGGGUUAAUAAGAAUACUUCACAUAUUGUGGCAUUUAAUGUUGCAGAGAGAAGUUGGAAUGUCAUUGAACUGCCACGGAAUAGUGCAAAUACUCCGCGAGUAACUUGGCAAUUAACUGGGUCUGAGGGCAAUGUUGUUUUGGUAUGCAAUAAGGAGCUGAAAUUAUGGAAGUUGAUUGAAGAUGAACUUGAUUACAAAUGGUUAGAAUUGCAGACAAUUCCAAGGAGCCUAUGCCAAGAAGGUUUUGGUAAUGAAUAUUAUCCACAGAUUGUGGUUAACAGUUGUGGGUGGGUUUCCGUAUAUUUGCCGGGAACUAAGUUGGCUUUGUUGGAUGCAGAGGGAAGAACGAUACACAGCGUUAAUGGCGGACCGCUGAGAGGAUUGGAGGAGUCAUGUUUUACUACAUUUCGUCCUUAUGAGCUCAACAAUAUUUGGUGGCCUUAUUAG